AUCCCGGGCUCCGUCCAGUCUGAGCUCCAUCCCUCAGAUUUCAGGCACUAGCCGAGCUGCGCUGUGACUGACCGUUCACUGAUCGCGGAGCCCGAACUGGACGCGGACCGUCUCAGGUACGGACUGGAGGAAGUAAAGAACGUGUCUCAAACCCUGGAUAGACUCAAUCUUGUCGACUUGAAUGGACAAAAAGACCAAAAGUACGCAGUUAGACUAAAUCAGCCCUUUGGAAACUACGUUAUGCCUGUAAAAAAGAAGAGAAAGUCCUCUGGUUCUGAAGACCCUAGCAUCAGAAAGUGUAAAAUUACCAGUUACUGUCGGACACAAACUCCAGGAAGACUGAUUAAUCCGGAAGAUCAGUUCUCUAGCAAGAAGUGCCUUGCAUGGUUUUAUGAGUAUGCAGGGCCUGAUGAUGUGGUGGGACCUGAAGGAAUGGAAAAGUUCUGUGAGGAUAUCGGGGUUGAACCAGAGAACAUUAUCAUGUUAGUCUUAGCCUGGAAACUUGAAGCACCAAAUAUGGGAUUUUUCACUAAAGAAGAAUGGCUCAAAGGAAUGACUCUACUGCAAUGUGACUGCACAGAAAAGUUACAAGGCAAGCUCGACUACCUGCGCUCACAACUGAACGACCCAGUUGUGUUCAAGAACAUUUACAGAUACGCCUUUGACUUUGCCAGGGAUAAAGACCAGCGUAGUCUAGACAUGGACACUGCAAAAUCCAUGCUGGCGCUGCUGCUUGGAAGAACAUGGCCCCUGUUUCCUGUGUUUCACCAGUUUUUGGAGCAAUCCAAGUAUAAGGUCAUGAACAAGGACCAGUGGUACAACGUCUUAGAGUUUAGUCGUACUGUAAAUCCAGACCUCAGUAAUUACGAUGAGGACGGAGCCUGGCCGGUGAUGCUGGAUGAAUUUGUGGAAUGGCAGAAAGCCAGACUGGCGUUAUAGCAGAAGCUGGUGAUGUCUGUGAAAUUCAAGAGCAAGAAAGAAGAAGCACAUCAGUGGAAGCUCUCUCCACACUCAACAGUCCGGAACAUCACGCUCCUUUCCAGGACUGCCGCCCUGUUUCCUGAGCCGCUGGUGGACCCGUCACUACCCAGAGACUCUUACAGUGUUAAUUUAACUAUAAAAGGAAAACGUUGGAAAAGGGGAACUGUUUUUUCAUAUGUAUCACAUCUGUUGCAGCAGUUACAUUGCCAGUGUUGUAUGAUCUGGUGGAGGGAAGUCAUCUGUAAUAAUGUAAUUUUUUUUUCCCUAUUCAUUUUUUUUUGAGCUUUACCUUGUUUAUAGUGUUUUCAGAAGAAAUAAAGGAAUUGUAUGUAAAUAUUA